AUGGCGGACAGACAACAUGCCCUAAAGCGCAGUGCGCAAAAUCUCAACAAUUCAGUUAAUACUACGCCCAUCAAAUCGGUUCAAAGCAAAAUCUCAAAACUUAAUACCACACCGCAAAAGUCAGGAGAAAAAAGUAAGUCAAUGGAAACGAAGUUAGAUGAGUUACACAACAUGAUGAAAGUCAAGAUGAAUAAGCUCAAUAGGCUGGAGUUAAUCGAAGAUUGUAUAAAGAAAGUAGAGGAUGGUUUUAAUGAUUUAAAAAACUCGAUUAACUUCGCACACGCUGAAGCAGUCGAUUUAAAGGAAGACAACAAAGUUCAGAAGAUAAAAGGCGAAGAAAUCCGCGCAAGAAUAGAAAAAUUGGAGCAAGAAAAUACCGCAUUAAACAAUAGCGUUAUUGACCUCAAAGCAAGGUCAAUGCGUGACAAUCUUAUAUUUUAUAACAUUGAAGAAACAGAAACAGAAAAUACCACUGAAAAAGUCCACGGAUUAUUAGAAGAAAAGAUGGGAUUCAAGGACGCAGCUACGAAGAUUAAAAUUGACCGCUCGCACAGAAUAGGAAGAGCAAGAAGAGAUGGAAAACCACGACCUAUCGUGGUUAAAUUUAACUGGCAUCAAGACAAGGAGCAGAUUAGAUUUAAUGCAAGAAAACUCACGGGAAGUAAUAUCGGAGUUUCCGAGCAGUAUCCAGAGGAGAUUAAUGCUAUAAGGAAAAAAUUGUACCCUGUGUACAAAGAAGCAAGGAGGAAUAAGAAGAAAGAGACGCUGGUUCGUGACAGAUUAUUUAUCGAUGGCAAGGAAUUUAAACUAUGA